AUGCUGAUUGCAGACAUUCACUCGAACAAUCUUCUUGUUGCAUUAACCGACAACUCAAUCCUCUCUACUGUGGAGAAAAAUGAGCUUCACCGGCCCUCAGCGCGAAAGUUUGUCGACGAAACUGUCAUUCACGUCUCGCAGUAUAUACUGGGAGGUGCUGGGGCUCUCACAAUCUGCGAUCUCGGACAGGCACGCAUCGGCAAGGUGCACCGGGGCAACGCAAUGCCGCUACCAUAUCGUGCUCCUGAAGUCAUUCUCGGCAUGACUUGGGGUAAUUCGGUGGAUGUUUGGAGCGUGGGCCUUUUAGCCUGGGACCUUUUGCACAAGCACGGGAUCUUCCGUGUGUACGACAAAUCUGAAGAGCUUAAUGAUGCUUAUCAUCUGGCGGCGAUAACUGCGCUACUUGGACCGCCGCCGGAUGUUUUCCUCAGGAGGAGCGACAAGACACGCAAGUACUGGGAUGCUGAGGGGAAAUGGCAUGGCCCAGUUCCUCUCCCGUCUGAGGGCGGGCUGCAAUCUCUGGAAAUGAACUUGUCUGGGGAGGAUAGAGAUCGAUUUAGAGAAUUUAUGGCCGGCCUACUUACCUGGCUUCCGGAGGAUCGGCUUAGUAGUGCCGAGGCAUACUUUCACCCCUGGCUAAGGGGAGAACUUGGCGUUGAACAAUAA